AUGGCCGCGGACGAAGUUGCCGGAGGGGCGCGCAAAGCCACGAAAAGCAAACUUUUUGAGUUUCUGGUCCAUGGGGUGCGCCCCGGGAUGCCGUCUGGAGCCCGAAUGCCCCACCAGGGGGCGCCCAUGGGCCCCCCGGGCUCCCCGUACAUGGGCAGCCCCGCGGUACGACCCGGCCUGGCCCCGGCGGGCAUGGAGCCCGCCCGCAAGCGAGCAGCGCCCCCACCCGGGCAGAACCAGGCACAGGGCCAGGGCCAGCCCGUGCCCACCGCCCCAGCGCGGAGCCGCAGUGCCAAGAGGAGGAAGAUGGCUGACAAAAUCCUCCCUCAAAGGAUUCGGGAGCUGGUCCCCGAGUCCCAGGCUUACAUGGACCUCCUAGCAUUUGAGAGGAAACUGGAUCAAACCAUCAUGCGGAAGCGGGUGGACAUCCAGGAGGCCCUGAAGAGGCCCAUGAAGCAAAAGCGAAAGCUGCGCCUUUAUAUCUCCAAUACUUUUAACCCCGCGAAGCCCGAUGCCGAAGAUUCCGAUGGCAGCAUUGCCUCCUGGGAGCUGCGGGUGGAGGGGAAGCUCUUGGAUGAUCCCAGUAAGCAGAAGAGGAAGUUUUCUUCCUUCUUCAAGAGUUUGGUCAUUGAGUUGGACAAAGAUCUUUACGGCCCAGACAACCACCUUGUUGAGUGGCACCGGACACCCACAACCCAGGAGACAGAUGGGUUCCAAGUGAAGAGACCAGGGGACUUGAGUGUGCGCUGCACCCUGCUCCUGAUGCUCGACUAUCAGCCUCCCCAGUUCAAACUGGACCCCCGCUUAGCCCGGCUGCUGGGGUUGCAUACACAGAGCCGCUCAGCCAUUGUCCAGGCACUGUGGCAGUAUGUGAAGACCAACAGGCUACAGGACUCCCAUGACAAGGAAUACAUCAAUGGAGACAAGUAUUUCCAACAGAUUUUUGACUGUCCCCGCCUGAAGUUUUCUGAGAUCCCCCAGCGCCUCACUGCCCUGCUGUUGCCCCCUGACCCAAUUGUGAUCAACCAUGUCAUCAGCGUGGACCCAUCAGACCAGAAGAAGACAGCGUGCUAUGACAUUGAUGUGGAGGUGGAAGAACCACUGAAGGGGCAGAUGAGCAGCUUUCUCCUGUCCACAGCCAACCAGCAGGAGAUCAGUGCUCUGGACAGUAAGAUCCAUGAGACGAUUGAAUCCAUAAACCAGCUCAAGAUCCAGAGGGACUUCAUGCUAAGUUUCUCCAGAGACCCCAAAGGCUACGUCCAAGACCUGCUCCGCUCCCAGAGCCGUGAUCUCAAGGUGAUGACAGAUGUGGCUGGUAACCCUGAGGAAGAGCGUCGGGCUGAGUUCUACCACCAGCCCUGGUCCCAGGAAGCCGUCAGCCGAUACUUCUACUGUAAGAUCCAGCAGCGCAGGCAGGAGCUGGAGCAAUCGCUGGUCGUGCGCAACACCUAGGAGCCCAUGAACAAGCAUCACUGUGGACCAGCCACGCUGCCCAGCAUAAGCCCUGGGCUCUGGACUCCCUCUCCCGCGCUGUGGUGGGGGUGGGGAGGGCUGGAUUAAAGGUCACUCAUCAGACAA